AUGGCUAGUCUACUGUGGCUUGCUCACGUUCUCUGCUUCCUUUUGUUUCACUUGCAUUUUCAAGCUUCUUCUCUAUCUUUUUCUUUUAAUUCCUCCUCUGCUGCCAUGCUGUGCCAGCAUGACCAGAGUCUUGCCUUGCUCCAAUUCAAGAAAACCUUUUCCAUCACAAGUAAUGCCUCUUCCUGGGAUUUCCCUCACCCCAAGCCUUAUCCAAAGACAGAGUCUUGGAAAGAGGGCACGGAUUGCUGCUGGUGGGAUGGGGUCACUUGCGACAUAGAAACGGGUAAUGUAAUUGGCCUUAACCUUUCUUCUAGCUUGCUCUAUGGUACCAUCCAUUCUAAUAAUACUCUUUUCUUCCUUCCUCAUCUCCGAAAGCUUGACCUCUCUAACAAUGAUUUCAACCGCUCUCAAAUUGUACCUCAGUUUGGCCAGUUUUUUAAUUUAUCAUAUCUUAACCUAAACUACUCUGUUUUUGAGGGCCGAAUUCCACUAGAAAUUUCUUAUCUGUCUGGUUUGGUUUCGCUUGAUCUUUCUAGGAACAAUUAUUUAAUACUUGAAGCCACUACUUUUAAUGAGCUUGUUCAUAACUUAUCCCAGUUACGGGAAUUAGACUUGAGUGAAGUAAACAUGUCUUUGGUUGCACCUAGUUCCUUGAUGAAUUUGUCUUUUUCUUUGACAUCUCUCAAUCUCCAUUCUUGUUCAUUGGAAGGCAAAUUCCCAGAUAUCAGUCAUCUAUCUGUACUGGUUUCACUUGAUCUUUCUGGUAACUAUGAUUUGAUACAAGAAAGCACUUAUUUUAAAAAGCUUGUUCAAAACCUAACCCAGUUACAAGAAUUGGACUUGAGUGGUGUAAACAUGUCUUUGGUCGCACUUAGUUCCUUGAUGAAUUUGUCUUCUUCUUUGACAUCUCUCAAACUCAGCGAAUGCCAAUUGCAAGGGAAAUUCCCAGAUAUCAGUCAUCUAUCUGUACUGGUUUCACUUGAUCUUUCUGAUAACUAUGAUUUGAUACAAGAAAGCACUUAUUUUAAAAAGCUUGUUCAAAACCUAACCCAGUUACAAGAAUUGGACUUGAGUGGUGUAAACAUGUCUUUGGUUGCACUUAGUUCCUUGAUGAAUUUGUCUUCUUCUUUGACGUCUCUUAAACUAAGGAGAAGCCAAUUGCAUGGGAAAUUCCCAGAUAUCAGUCAUCUAUCCAAAUUGGUUUCAUUGGUCCUCUCCCACAACAAUUUUAAUGGUGAGAUUCCCUCCUCAUUUGGAAACCUUAAACAGCUUGAUACUUUGAGCCUCCGCAACAGCAGUCUCGGUGGUCAAAUUCCAUCCUCACUUGGAAGCCUUAAGGAACUCUUUAUAUUGGACCUCUCCUAUAACAAUUUUAAUGAUGAGAUUCCCUCCUCAUUUGAAAACCUUAAACAACUUGAAGAAAUGUACCUCAGCAACAACAAUCUCACAUACCUCGAUUUAUCCAACAACUUGUUACAUGGCCCAAUUCCAAGUUCAAUUUUCAAACUUGUGAAGUUGAGUGUUGUCAUUCUUUCAUCCAACAAAUUGAUAGGAGAAGUCUCUUCUGCAGUUUGCGAGUUAAAUUCUCUUCAAAUUCUUGACCUGUCAAACAAUAGUUUGAACGGCUUCAUGCCACAAUGUUUGGGAAAUUUCAGCAACAAUCUUUCAGUAUUGCACUUGGGCAUGAACAAAUUCCAUGGAACCAUCCUUGAAUCGUUUUCAAUAGGCAACAACUUGAGAUAUUUGAACUUCAAUGGUAACCAAUUGCAAGGGAAAAUUCCACCUUCCAUCUGCAAUUGUAUAAAUUUGGAAAUUUUAGAUAUUGGAAACAAUAAUAUAGAUGACACAUUCCCCCAUUUUCUGGCAACACUUUCGAAGCUACAAAUUCUAAUUCUAAAAUCCAAUAAAUUUCAUGGUUUGGUGAAAGGGACCUCUACCAAUUAUUCAUUCUCAAAGCUACGAAUUUUUGACCUCUCCAACAACACGUUUAACGGACCUUUACCUGCAGAGUAUUUCAAUAAUUUCAAGGCAAUGAUGAUCUUUGAUUUGAAUAUGAAAUACAUGGGAGCACCAAAUUAUUCUUCAUAUGAUUAUUCUGUGAGUCUGACACUCAAAGGCUUAGAGAUUGAGUUGGUGAAAAUCCAAACACUUCUUACAUCCAUUGAUUUGUCGGGCAAUAAAUUCACAGGGGAGAUCCCACAGUCAAUUGGAAAACUUAAAUCACUUAAGUUGCUCAACUUGUCUCACAAUCAACUCACAGGAAAUAUUCAACCAUCAUUGGGGAAUUUGAGCAAUUUGGAAUCUUUAGACCUCUCUUCAAAUCUUCUUGUUGGAAGGAUUCCAAUGCAGUUGACAUAUCUGACAUUUUUGGAAGUGUUUCGGGUUUCAAAUAAUCAACUUGAAGGACCUAUACCUGAAGGAAAGCAGUUCAACACAUUCGAUAGCAUUUCAUAUGAAGGAAAUUUGGGAUUGUGCGGAUUUCCGCUAGAAAAAUGUGACAAUGGGGAGAGGCAACAACCAGCAGCAUCAAAAGAAAUUGAUUCCAAGUCUAAAAUUGGAUUUGGUUGGAAAGUUGUAUCGGCAGGGUAUGGAUGUGGAGUAAUAUUUGGUAUUGCAAUGGGAUAUGUUGUGUUUAAAACAAGAAAACCUGCAUGGGUUGUGAGGAUGGUUGAAGGUGAAGGGCAUCGAAAGUUAAAAAGAUUUAGCAAUUAA